UUGGUCUGAAAAAUCACCAUAACUCAUCAAACACCGGCAAGAUAGACUGGAAUAGACCCUAUCUGUAAACUACACAGAUCUUUAAAAAGAUGCCUUACCUGUCGCACCUGAGCCCGUGAAUUGUGUCUUAAGACGAGAUCUGACCGGCACACAUGACACUUACAACGGGAAACGGGCUCUGCAUAAAAAUGAUUGGGGAGUAAAGUUAACUGGGCCUGAUCCUAUUCUGUGUGGACAUUAUCGCGAAUCAAUAUCGAACCAACGCCUUGGCAGUAACACAACCUGUUUAUGGUUCCUAAGACAAUGGACUUCAAAGAGGGCCAAUUAGCAGUCUCAUCACUUCACAACAGCUGUGAUCAGUGUAUGUACAGGUGAGACAAAUAGUAGGUAUAGGAUUCUAAAGACAGGUGUGUUGACUACCUGGAUAUUGGACCUGGUCGUGUGCUGUCUGAAAACAUGAUUACUUCAGGUAGGUCAUUAAUUGCUAACUUUCGAUGACUGUGGCGACAAGUGGCGAUUCUUCAGUAAGGACAAAAAAAGAUUGACAUGUGGACAUUUAAACUGGACACACGUGUUAAUUCAUAAUCAAGAAUGAGGGCCAUAUGGACAGAAUAUGGUGAUCGGGACAUUUAAAUCCAGCACCUAUAGGAUUCAUGUGAAGAUUUUGGAGAAACAUCUUUUGUAAGUCCAUACAUUCACUUGAAAGGUAAUCUUAUAUAUAUUGGACAGGAGUUUUAAAACUUAUUCGUUUGGUGUUUUAGCAGACCAUUACGUUGUGGUCAAACUCGAUUACCCACAAAUAUACUGCUUUCAAAUAUCCACAUAACUACGGACAUUACCCAGAAAUUAACAUUUGUCUGGACAACCUGUGCUAUGUGUUGACAUUCUGAAGAUAUCAAUUUGUCCCCCACCACCAUAUACACGUAUGGUAAACGCUAACGUUUGGUGUAAACACCGGGCCAUUUAAACUCGAGAUUGAAUCACAAGAGGUGUUAUGUUAGGGAUGGCACAUGUCUAACAUCGAUUUUUCCUUCACUGGAAUAUUGAAUUGAUAAUUUGACAGCUAGGCAUUAAGAGACUCAACCAACCAUGAAAACGGGAAUUAUAGAUGUUCAGUUCGAUCACGAAGACACUGAAAACGUGGCGGUCGUCGGCAAGAUCGGAAAGAUGGCGAAGAAAGUCAGAAUUAAAACCAACGUAGAACAUAUGGAAAGAAAAGAGAAGAAAAAGAGACGACGACGACAAGGAUAUCCAAAUUUAGCACAAGCACAGAGGUCGAAAGAAAUUGGCAAUGAAACAGACAACGAUUCUUUGGAGGAGGAUGACGGAAUUUUACCAACGAUAGAGGGAUUCGACCCUCGGAAAAGGAAAGCAGAGGAAGUAUCAGAUAUCAGAAACACGCGACCGGGAAUAUGUGAUGCUUGUAAGAAAAAAGGUCUGAAUUCUGCUGAUGAAUACAUGCGAAGGACUUUCAAAAAAUAUGACACGAAAGAUGCUCACAGUGACGGACAUUGCAUAGUGUGUCAAGAAAUAGGCGCAAAUUUUAAUUUUCUUGAUUCCAAUUCUGGAUCGGCAUCUAUGACCUACCCACGUGAUUUUUACGAUAAAUUUUCGCGCGAGACAAAACCGCCAAACAUUGAUUCAGAGCCAGAACCGUCACGUGGUUCUCCAGGACUUCCUUCUAUACAAGAGGAGUUAAGAUCCUUUCCCAGCAAGCCUGACCCUCUCGGGACGACAGGUGAGAAUGUAUUUGAAUCUGCUCGAAAGGGCGUACUUGCACGGUUAGCUGCAGAAUCGCCAAAGCGUAGGGAUGCUUUAGGACGAAGCAAUGCAGGUAGAGAAAGAGGGGGGAACCUUUUUAUGGAUUCCGGAAGGAGAGAUGAACCAACGAGGUAUUCUCCAUUUAUGGAGAAAAUUAAGAAAGACAGAUAUAGGACUGAACUACAAUAUCCAGACGCCGAAAAGAAGGAACUAUUAGUUAAAGAGUUUCAAUUCGAAACUCCAAAACUAGAUUUAACUGGGCAUGGUGAUAUUCGAAACGUCUCUAAACGGGACCUUGAGUACCGUAAGGACAUCAAAUACAGCACUAGUUUCGAACCCUCAAAAUUUCGCCAUUUAGUGAAAACUCGUGUAAGGUACGAGGAGUACCCCCUCCCUACAUUAAAUGCUUACUGUUUUGCACCGCAGGAAGUUUCAGACGAAUUCGAGGACUUGCCCUUCAAUAGGGGUCUUAAAGGAGGGACCAUCAAAAAGGAUCCAAACCCGUUUCAUAGAGAACGCCAAGAACUACUUCAGAAGCAGGAAAGGAAUUGUAAGUACACGAUGUUGAUACAGCUCAUAG